GGGUACAAGAAGUUUGAAGCAAACGAACUACUACGUGUAUCGUCUAGCAAAGUUUCAAACCUCGUACUAGGAGCGGCAGCGUUCAGUGCCUGCUCACUGAGUAGGAGUCACCGAUCAUCCUCACAAGCCUCCGUGAUGCAUUUAGACACCGAUGUAAGGGAAACCGGUAUCGAAGAGGACAGAUUGGGUCACGAUUCCACCGAAGGCCAUCAUCGCAAGACGUCCGUUCAUGAUUUCUUGGUACUUAAUCUUCUUGACCUCAUCCUCUGACUUGCCUUCCAAAUACCAAGUUCCGAUUCCGAAAUCACCGGGUUCUCGUCCAGAUCCCUGCAACAUCUCAGCUACACCAAGGUAAGAAACGAUUUCAAACAAGCCGAUGAAAACAAGGGCGUUUCCCAUAACACCAUUCUCUACCAUGACGUUGUGGGCAGCGGCGGAGCUGACUCCUUCGCCGUAUGGGUGAAUUGUGUAUCCCAAAUCGACGGUGAUGUAUCCAGUAACAGCAGCCAUGCAAAUACGGCUGUGCCUGUUGUUGAAAUUGAGCAAAUGCACGGAGAGGGGUUAGGGGUCGAGGUCGAGAACAAUCAGAAUCUUCCAAGGACGAUCUUUACUCUCUUUUUACGAAGGAUGCCAGACCCCAAAAACGCGAAUGUUCUCGUUACUCACUUCAAUUCUGCUUCUCGGAGGUAGUCCAUUGGGAAGUAGUCCGAAAUUCGAAGAGGGUCGAAUCCAAUGUCAUCACCGAUGUAUCCCUUCAGGUUCUGGGGGUAAGGCAAGAAAGGCAUGGCAGGAGACUUCUCUCCGUUCAAGGCGGUAGUGGCCUUGGAGGCCGGGGCCGGGGCAAAGGCAGCAGCAGAGCUGAGAAGAGCGGCGAGAAUGCUUACUUUCAUCAUGGUUAGAAAAUUUGUUUUCGAGUGUAAUACCAGUUGCGGGGAAAGGAAUUCUUGAGGGUGAUGGGAGAGAGAACGCAACGCAACGAACAACGGGCUCUUGCCGCGAGGUAAGUAGUUUACCGAUUGUUGAAGCAAUAGGAUCGGGGAUAUUUCGUGAACUCAUAUGCUCAUAGUAUACCAACAUACCUAUGAUAAGCUAUUCGAUUUUGGGGGAUUGAUAUGAAAAAUAUCAAAGUGUGCGAGAACUUUUUUGAAAAAGCUAUUUCAGCCCAAAAGAAGACAGAAAGGGUUUCAUAAACCCUCAUCCGUCACAUUUCAGCAUCAUGUACGGUACGAGUUAUGGUACAAAAUACCGGGCGAGGCAAAACAAGUGUUUUGACAUCACUCCAUACCGUAGGAGGACAGACCACGACACUCUAUCCGUAACCAUUCAUAAUCAUAACUCAUCAUGAAGACAUCCCUGUAAAUACAACUCGAUCUUUCGCGCCCAUCACAACAUCACUAUCAAGGGGGAAAAAAUACGAAACGAGGUUUGACAAAAACAACAGCGAAAAUUCGAUACGAUUUUGAAGAGAACAACACAAAAAAGUGCCGGCGAUUGGAUAUAAACAGGAAGAUAACAAUGGUGUCGCAGGAGCCAUCAGCAUCCAAACUGUCACCAACUAUGAGCAGCAAAACCAAAAAGAAAUCGGUGAAGCAGAGUUGUCCAUCAUUUCGUCGUGGUCAUCUACCAGGCGAAGAGGAUGUCAACCGCUUACGGUUCCUCACCAGGCCACAUGUCGAUUCCUUUAACUACUUCCUGGAAUCUGGACUUGAGAGAGGCAUUAAAGCGAUUCCAAAAGCGGAACUGGAUAUUGUGGAUUUAAAUCUACUCCGAGAAAGUCGAAAGAACAUUGAUUGGGACGAGGUCACCACUGUCAAGUUUUGGUUUGAGAGUGUCCGAAUUUCCAAACCAGCAAAACCAGCAUCAGCUGGAAGGUCCGAAGGAAAGCUCUAUCCAAAUGAGUGUCGGGAGCGGUCCUUGGUCUAUUCGGGGCAAAUCCAUGGCAAAUUUUGCUAUGAAUUAAUCCAGCGACGGAACGGUGUGGCAAAAGGGUCUGUCCCGUACAAGAUGCCGAAAACAUUCGGAGUCAUACCAAUCAUGGUAGGGAGUAGAGCCUGCCAUCUAGAGGGAAUGUCGCCCAAAGAACUAGUAGCUUUGAAGGAAGAGGUACGUAUAUCCACUUGCUUCUAUUUUAGUUGCGAUGUGUAUUUGUGGCGCAAAAAUCACUCAAUAUGUUUCCUAAAUCGGCGCACAAUUUCGACAGGAUAAUGAAGCUGGGGGUUAUUUCCUUAUCAACGGAAAUGAAAGAUGCGUUCGUAUGCUGCAAGUUCCGAGGAGAAAUCAUCCACUAGCUAUUCAACGAUCGAGCUACAAGAAAAGAGGGCCGACUUACACAGACUUGGGUGUUGCGAUUCGAUGCGGCCGACAAAAUGGAGACCAGUCCAGCAUCACAAACACACUUCACUAUCUAACCACGGGUGGAGCAACUCUCAAGUUUGUAGUUCGCAAGCAGGAAUUUUUGGUUCCAGUCAUUUUAAUUAUUCGGGCUCUGGCUGGACCUCAAUCAUCUCGAUCAGCUGAUUCAAGUACAGGUUCGGAGAUUGGUAUCACUGACGAAGAAAUUUACAGACGAGUUGUUCAAGGAAACGAAAGAAACACAUUUUUGCGAACACGCGCACAGUUACUGUUGCAAGAUGCCAGUGUCCGAUUUCCGAAAUUAAACACUCCCGAUGAAUGUUUAGCGUUCAUUGGUUCCAGGUUUCGACGUCUAUCACAAAGGGCAGAAAGCACUUCAGACGUGGAUAUUGGUCACUAUAUAAUCAGCGAAUAUAUUCUUAUCCACUGUUCAAAUUACGGGGAUAAAUUGGAGUGUCUGCUUCUCGUUCUGCGCAAACUUUAUGCGUUUGCGGCGGGCGACUGUGGAGUUGAUAACGCAGAUUCGCUUCAAAACCAGGAAUUGCUGAUGCCAGGGCAUUUGCUAUCAACGAUGGUAAAAGAAAAAUUCGAAGAGGUCCUUCAGACCAUACGGCAAGGGAUGAUGAUCGAAAUGCGCAAAGAUUUCAAGGUGUUUUCGAGGAGGAUCAAUGAAUCCGCGUUCUGGAGCAAACUUAUGGAUCGAUAUUCUAGCAAUGCAUCGGGUGGAAUUGGGAAGAGAAUUGCUACUUUUUUGUCAACAGGGAAUAUUUCUUCAGUGAGUGGGUUAGAUCAAAUGCAGCAAUCUGGUUACACAAUUGUAGCCGAGAGACUGAAUUUUUUGAGAUUCAACUCCCAUUUCCGUUCUGUCCAUCGUGGGUCAUUCUUUAUGGAGAUGAAGACAACUGCGGUGCGAAAGCUCUUGCCAGACCAAUGGGGAUUCUUGUGUCCUGUUCACACACCCGAUGGUGGGCCUUGCGGAUUAUUAAGUCACCUGUCUCUGGAAUGCAUUCCAAUGACACACCCAGAGCGUAAAUCUGGAAAAGGGUUGGUUGACUUAGAUAACCUUCUCAUAUCAUUGGGUGUCAUGCCCUGUGGUGCUGGUGGCAUAGGUGGAGAAGGUAGAAACAGCUCUCCAUACACUCAUUUUCCUGUGUGUGUCGAUGGUCGGGUAGUAGGAAGUGCAAGCCCAAGUGCGUGCAAAACAAUAGCAGCUCAUCUACGCAGCCUCAAAGUUGAGAACACACCGAAGAUCCCUCGGACGCUUGAAGUCGCUCUCAUUCCUGCUAGUGAAGCCGGAUCCCCAUAUGCCGGUUUGUUUCUUUUCACAGGAACAGCAAGAAUGGUCCGACCUGUCUUGCAGCGAUCUACAGGCAAGACAGAAUUGAUUGGACCUAUGGAACAAGCAUUCAUGGAUAUUGCAUGCUUGGACGAAGAUAUAAGAGAAGGUAUUACAACACAUCAAGAGCUAGAUCCAACAAAUAUGUUGAGUCUAAUUGCAAAUUUGACUCCUUUCUCAGACCAAAAUCAAUCACCUCGUAAUAUGUAUCAAUGUCAGAUGGGGAAACAAACAAUGGGAACACCAGCUCACUCCUUACCCUACCGUGUUGACAACAAAUUAUACCGACUACAGAAUCCCCAAGCACCAGUGGUACAGACCGCGAUCCAUGGAGAAUACAAGAUGGACGAAUAUCCAAAUGGAACAAAUGCUGUUGUGGCUGUAUUGAGUUAUACAGGUUUCGAUAUGGAGGAUUCUGUUAUCAUUAACAAAUGCUCUUAUGAACGCGGUUUCGGUCACGCUAGCGUUUACAAAACAAUCGAAGUGGAUCUUCAAGAAGAAGCAAAAAUGGCUGCACAGUCUACCACGAGGCCAAACGUAAGAUUUUCGAACAAGGUCAACCGGGAUGGGCAACUGUAUCACCCGAAGUUGGAGAUCGACGGACUUCCAGAAAUUGGGAGCUAUGUGGAGAAGGGAGACCCGCUGUACUGUGUGCUGGACGAUGUCGAAAACAGGGACAGAGUCGGAAAACACAAAGAGGCCGAGAGGGCCUAUGUUCAAUCGGUCCGAAUGUUUGGUAGUGAAAAGGGCGAUUCACAGGAAAACAAAGCAUCGAUCACUCUACGAUUCAACCGAAACCCGGUAAUUKGAGACAAGUUUUCAAGUCGCCACGGACAGAAAGGUGUACUCAGUAUUUUGUGGCCACAGCAGGACAUGCCCUUUAGUGAAAGCGGUAUAUCCCCUGAUGUCAUUAUCAAUCCCCACGCAUUUCCAAGCCGAAUGACAAUUGGAAUGCUUGUCGAAAGUAUGGCUGGUAAAGCCGGAGCUCUCCAUGGUAUUUUCCAAGAUGCAACGCCUUUUUCCUUCCACGAGUCGGGUGACCAAACAUCAGUAGAUUACUUUGGUGAACAGUUGCGGGCUGCGGGUUACAACUACUACGGUUCUGAGCCGCUCUAUAGUGGGGUUUCAGGUUGCUUGAUGCAGGCCGAUCUAUACAUUGGUGUUGUCUACUACCAACGUCUUCGUCACAUGGUUUCUGACAAGUACCAGGUUCGUGCAACUGGACCUGUUAAUCCACUCACUCGCCAGCCUAUAAAGGGGCGAAAGAAAGGAGGUGGUAUCCGUCUAGGAGAGAUGGAACGCGAUAGUCUUCUGAGUCACGGUUGCGCAUUUUUACUCCAAGAUCGUUUGCUGAACUGCAGUGACAAACACAUUGCCUAUGCAUGCAGCCGCUGUGGUGACAUGCUCAUGCCAACCACGAAACGAAGCGUCAUUUUAUCUUCUGGACAGAGCAGGGAAGAAGCAAUUAACAAGGCCAAAUUGCGUCUCAUCUGUCGACAUCCCGAUUGCAUCAAGCAUGUCAGCGACGACGGAGAUGAUGAUCACGUCGAACCAAUCAUUCUACCGUAUGUCUAUCGCUACCUUGCCAAUGAAUUGGCCGCGAUGAAUAUCAAGCUAAAAAUGGAUAUCAAAUAGGCCUAGCGGUACAUUGCUUGUGAGGCUACUCUACUCCGACUGCAGUGUGCCUUCAAAGUUCUCGGGAACAUGGAAUAUAAAUUAAAAUGUAAU